AGCGCGCGGCCGGCAGGGCCAGCAAGGCGAGCGCUGCCCGCCAGUCCGCUGCUCCCCGCUGCGAUUCCGGCGCACCGUCGGGGGCCGCGCCAUGCCGCCGCUUCUCUACCUGUCACUCUUGCCGGGGCUGGUGCUCGCCUUCAAUCUGGACACGAGCAACGUGGUCGUGUGGAGCGGCGAUGCGGGCAGUUACUUCGGGUUCUCCCUGGCCAUGCACCAGCAGCUGGUGCCGGAGGACAGGCGGCUGUUGCUGGUUGGUGCACCUCGUCAAAAAGCUUUCCCAUCCCAGCGAGCCAACAGAACGGGAGGGCUGUACAGCUGUGACAUUGCCUCUCCAGCUAAGUCGUGCGAACGUAUACAAUUUGAUGAAGAAGUUGAUCUGAAAACAGAAAGCAAGGAAGAUCAAUGGAUGGGUGUAACUGUCCAAAGUCAAGGCCCUGGUGGGAAAGUCGUGACCUGUGCACAUCGCUAUGAGAAAAGGCAGUUCACAAACACAGAAAUGGAAACCCGAGAUAUCUUUGGAAAUUGCUAUGUCCUGAGCCAGGAUCUUACUAUCAACAAGAAUGAUAAUAUGGAUGGUGCAGACUGGGGGUUUUGCCAGGGCCGGUUGAGAGGCCAUGAGAAGUUUGGUUCAUGUCAGCAAGGUGUCGCCGCCACUUUUACCAAGGAUUACCAUUAUAUUGUAUUUGGGGCACCAGGGACCUAUAACUGGAAAGGAAUGGUUCGUGCAGAGCAAAAGAAUUUCACCCUAAUGGAAAGGGGAAUCUUUGAGGAUGGGCCUUAUGAAGUGGGUGGUGAGAGAACCCAAGAUGAGAGCCUAGUUCCUGUUCCAGCCAACAGUUACUUAGUUCAGUCAGGGCGCUCUUCCUACUCCAUUUUUGUGGCCUCUUUGAAGUGUAAAAACAGUACUCUGGCUGAGAAAGCCCUAAGAGCUGCUAAGCUGAGAGGACACGUGGGUGCGCGGAGAAGGACACGCUCACGUGUGUGCCAUGGCUGCAAUCACUGCUCUGCCCGCAUGCUGUAUCAUAAAUCUCCUGCAUGUACAUCCCUGAAUCUAUCAUCAGCAGACUUUUCAUUUGGUCGCUGUUGCUUGAUUAAUGAAGCGCAGUGUCACAAUGACCUGGUUCACAUGACACGACGUUGGCAAGAUAUUGUUGUGGGAGCACCACAAUAUUUUGACAGAGAUGGAGAAAUUGGUGGGGCUGUGUAUGUUUACAUUAAUCAGGAAGGCAAAUGGGAAGGGGUAAAGCCAGUUCGGCUCACUGGACCAGCAAACUCAAUGUUUGGAAUUGCCAUUGAAAACAUCGGGGAUGUUAACCAAGAUGGCUUCCAAGAUAUUGCUGUGGGAGCUCCAUAUGACGGAGAUUUUGGCAAAGUUUACAUCUAUCAUGGCUCAAAGGAUGGCAUCAACAUGAACGCAUCGCAGAUUCUGGAUGGCGAGGCAAACAAAGUCACAUCCUUCGGUUACUCUAUUGCCGGGAAUAUGGAUCUUGAUAGGAACACCUACCCUGACAUCGCUGUGGGGUCUCUUUCAGAUCUUGUGUCUGUCUACAGGGCAAGACCUGUGAUAAACCUGAAGAAAACCAUUGAAAUAUCUCCAGAAAGAAUUGAUCUAAACAAAAAGAACUGUCAGGACGAUAGUGGAAUUUGUAUGAACAUUAAAGCGUGCUUUGAAUAUACGGCGAAACCCCUUGACUUCAACUCCCCAAUAACUGUGGACUACACAUUCGACGUGGAAGGCGAGAGGCGGCGGCUGGGGCUGCCCUCCCGGGUGCACUUCCGCAGGCUGCCCUCCGAUCAGUUUAGCGGAAGGGUGACUCUUCCAGCACAGAGGAGGGAAGAGUGCGUGACGACGGCUCUUGUCCUGCAGGAAAAAGUUAAAGAUAAACUGCGUCCGAUUCCUGUAACGCUUGCCGUCACAAUGAAUGGUGCCGCAUCCAGCUCACAGCCAAGGCGGAAACAAGGAGGGGCACUUCCAGAGCUCGCUCCAAUUCUAAAUUCAAAUGAGCCAAAAACAGUUCAUUCAGAAGUACAGUUUCUGAAAGAAGGCUGCGGACCAGACAAUAUCUGCAACAGCAAUUUGAAGCUUCAUUACAGAUUUUGCACCAAAGAAGGAAGUGAAGACAAAUUUGCCUACCUUCCAGUGGAGAACAAUGUUCCAGUGCUUGUGCUCAAAGACCAGAAGGAUAUUGCCCUCGAAAUCACAGUCACAAACAGUCCCUCAGAUCCAAGACAGCCCCAGAAAGAUGGAGAAGAUGCUCAUGAAGCUAAGCUCAUAGCUUCCUUUCCAGACAGCUUGACUUUCUCUGCAUUCAGGGAGCUGAAAAGCUUUCCAGAAAAACAGCUGACCUGUGGUGCUAAUCCUAAUGGUUCGCAAGUAGACUGUGAACUUGGAAACCCUUUCAAGAGAAAUUCUAAUGUUACAUUUUAUGUGAUUUUAAGUACAACUAAAGUUAAUGUGGACACAAGGGACUUGGACAUUAAUCUGAAAUUGGAAACAACAAGCAAUCAAGCGAAUUUGGAUCCAAUUACUGCGAGGGCUAAAGUAGUUAUUGAACUGCUUUUGUCACUCACAGGGGUUGCUAAGCCUCCUCAAGUAUACUUUGGUGGCAGUGUCAUUGGUGAGAGUGCUAUGAAAUCAGAAGACGACAUUGGGAGCUUAAUUGAAUACGAGUUCGCUAUAACUAACUUUGGUAAGCCACUGAAAACAUUCGGCACUGCGUUCUUGGACAUCCUGUGGCCCAAAGAAAUCAAGAAUGGCAAAUGGUUGCUGUAUUUGGUUUCAAUACACUCCAAAGAAUUAGGAGAACUCCAGUGUGAACCUCUGCAGGAAAUAAACCCACAGAGAAUUGGGAAGUCUCGAAGCUCAAGGACAAAACGUGAAGUUGCAGAGAAGCAGACAGAGGGCAGCAAAGGCUUUUCUUUGUUUUCAGAAAGAAAAUCUAAGACCUUGGAAUGUAAUGGGGAGGCCAACUGUGUCAACAUAAGAUGCCCUUUGCAAGGCUUGGACAGCAGAGCAUCUGUAACACUGCGGUCAAGAUUGUGGAAUAGCACUUUCCUAGAGGAGUACUCUAAAAUGAACUACCUAGAAAUUCUUCUUAGAGCUACAAUCAGUAUUGAUGCUGCUGCGGAUAACAUUAAGCUGGCGAACGAAGCUACUUAUGUGCGGGUCACUGUCUUUCCUGCAAAGACAGUAGCAUUGUAUAAAGGGGUCCCUUGGUGGAUUAUCUUAGUAGCCGUUCUUGCAGGAUUGUUAAUGCUUGCUUUGCUGGUGUUCCUACUAUGGAAGUGUGGGUUCUUCCAGCGUUCCAGGUACGAUGACAGUGUCCCCCGCUACCAUGCUGUAAGAAUUCGGAAAGAGGAGAGACAAAUCAAAGAUGGAAAAACUAAAGAAAAUCCCACAAAAAAGCAGUGGAUCACAAGGUGGAAUGAAAAUGAAAGCUAUUCCUAGGGAUUGUCUCCCUGAACUGAAGGGUCAUAUGGUUUUUAAGAUACUUUUGAUUGACAGGAUGAAUGGAUAAAUGGAUGAAGACCUAUGUACAGAAGUGGCUGUCCCUUUUUUUGUAUAUAUUAGUUUCCCAUCAAAGCUUUUUUUGCUUUGUUUUGCAGACCUAAAUUUGUCUAAAACUAUAUGUAGGUAUGAGCCAAUCUUUAAGAAAGAUUCCAUGUAAAAUCCAUACCAUCAGUCAGAGAGGGAAAAGGGAGCCGGAAGAGGAAAGUGCUGUGUCAGCUCAGGUUGCCUUUUCUGCCAUCCAAGCCCCUUUCUGGGAGCCUGUCUGGUUUCUCCCAGUUCGGCCUUUGCAGCUGGAGUCCUGGGUGUCUUUUAGCAACCCUUUCGGCACCCCGUGUGAGGCAAAUGCAGGGCUGCCUCUUGGCAUGAGGAAAAAAUAGCCCAUUGUUGUGAGGAAAAGCUGACUGCGUCCAAAGAGAAAAGCAGCAACCCAAGUCAUUGUGGGGCUUGGUCAAAGCCCCUCGCCAGAGUCUGAACUGAGCUGUCCAUAUGACCUGCAGAGGCUGAACUACAGAUUCAGUUUUGCUCAACCUGUCUUGAGUUUUCGGACUCUGCCUCCUUGCUGUGCUGCAUCCCUGAACAGCUGGUGCCUCACUCCCACCUGGACAAAAGACAUGGAGCUCAUUUACUAAUUGAGUGCUCCUAUAUUUCAUAGAAACAUAGAAACAGAGCAAGUCUGAAGGGGCCUCCCGGGCCAUCUAGGCUGACCCCCGGCUCUAGUCGGCUCCACUCAUGACAUGCCUACCAUGUGCAUGUUAUUAGUCUUUGUUACUAGUCCUUGAAAUGCCAGAAGGGGAGACAAUCUUGCCUUUUUGUGCUGGGAAUUGUCUCUUGCCACAGAUUCAUAUAAAAAUGGUAUGAGACUUUGGGUUGCACAAUCAAACAGCCCACCACCAUGGCUUAUUUAAGCCACAAUGCGUUUUAGGACAUGCAGUGCCCCUUUUGAAUAUUCACCCUGCAAUUGCAGCUUGUCAUGACAUCCAAACCUGGGGACCAUCAGUUAAACAAUAGCUAAUGGUAAAACAGGCUACUGAUUCGGCACCGGAUGUUUAAGCCUGGCACAGCCCACAGUUGGGGUUUGAAUAAUACGACAGGCUAUGACUUGAAUAUACAGGAUGGCACCUGUGGGUUCCGCAGCUAAUCAUGGUUUAAAUAAGCUGCAAGCCGCAACAAGAGUAUGGAUCCAGGUUCUUUAGUGUGACAGAGAGCGUGGUAUAACCUGGCCCGCACUCAUUUGUAGAGAAGAGCAUAGUUUCUCAGUUUGAUUCGUUCUUCCCUGAUUUUUGGAUGAGUUUGCUUGCCUGAGGGAUUGUUUUGGGUCUCAGAAUGUCUGUUAUACUGCCUGGCAUCCCAUCCCCCCCCCCCCCCCCCCCCCCCCCCCCCACUGGAAAAUGUUCUUCUUAAUCCCCAGAUUACACUGGCUGUGAUUAUUUAGUGGAAAGAGUUGCUCUGCACAUGGUCAGAGUUUAUAGCCCUUAUUAAUAGGAUUAAGCCAUGGCACUGAAAACAGAUUUUAAGCUCUACUGGGCCUUGAUUCAAAUUAAAUUUUACUCAUGUAACUAAAAUAAUGAGUUCUUUCAGUUUUAGGGAACAAAUGGAGUGGAUUUUGAAGUGCCUGAAAUAUCGUAUUUGUGUGGUAGUAACUUUUGCUGAAAAAAAACCUGCAUGCAGAAGCAAAUAUUUCCUGGCAUUUUUAAAGCUUUGAUGUAUGUUUUUUGUUUUGUUUUUACAAUAAGUGUGUGUUUUUCUGUAAUAUGUAUCCAGCCUAUAUCAGUUGACCUUAGUUCCCAUUUAAAUUAAUUGAGUUUAAUUCAUGACUAACUUGUCUUGUAUUGGUGUUAAUGGGAACUAAGUUCAGCUAACUUACUGUGCAAUCUUAUGCACAUCUACUUAGAAGUAAGUUCCACUGAGUUCACUGGGACUUACUCCCAAAUGAGUAUAGUAUUGCAAGAAUAGUCUGGAUUCAACUCAAUGUGUUUAAGAACUGCUGCAAAGAUAGCUGGUAAAGCUCAGUUUUUAAACAAGGUGCUGACCCCAACUUUGUCUGACUUUAUGCUCAAAUGAAAGUAAUUCCUUCUGUCUGUGGGUGUGUAAAGAAUAGCUGCUGUUUCUCAGUAGAGAGACCAUGGCACUCUGCACAUGUUUAAAAUAACUCUUUCCUUUAAGUACUGUACCAGUUCUAGUGUGGGGAAGGGAGAAGAAUUUUAAAAUCGAAGCCCAAUCAUUCAAAAAGUUAGCACCAUUUUUACACAGUGGUGCAGGCUUGUGUUUUUCAGGUAAAUUUGGGUUCUUUAAAACAGCUAAUUUUGUGUUCUCAGACUAAUGUGUAACUAUGGUAGUUAGGGUAUCUUAAAUGUGCAAUAGAUCUUGUUUCAAUAAUGUUUUAAAAAUCAAUUUGUGUGAAUCUCCUGCUCACACCAAAUAUACACAGGUUUGUUUUUAAAGCUUGAAUAUUGGUUGUACUUUUUUGUAUAUACUGUAAGUCAUCAUUAUAUAUUUAUUUUUAUCAUAAAUCUUUGCCUUUAACUGACUGUUAAGCCAAAGAUUUUUAACUGGACUUUAAAAAUAGGGAGCAAUAGUAUAUAAAAGAGUUCAGUGAUUACAAGCAAAUACUUUCCGCCAAAUGUGCCGAUAUGUUAACCUUUGUAUUUCAGUGGUUACAGGAACAAUCUCACGCAUAUUUAGACCAAAAAUAAAAAAUAAAAAGGCCUACAACUGCCAGCAUGUCCCAGCCAACCAUCCUGGGAGUUAUAGGCCUUUUUUUGUCUAAACAUGCAUAGAAUGUACCCUAAAUCAUUCUCAGAAAGUCUUCUUUACAUACUGUAUUUCUGAUGAUGUAGUAUGGAGAUAUUUUAUCUUCUGAAUAAUUUGUGCACUAAUUCAUACCUACAAAUGUUUUAUCUAUAGAAAUUCUAUAUGACUAACUUAAAGAACAAUAUGACAAGUGCUUCUUGGAGUGAGGAAAGGUUUUCUGGGUCUAUGUUUGAAACAAGAUUAACUACUGCAGGUGUUAUAGCACUUGAAACAAAACAUAAGCUUCAAAUUUAAGUAUGGAUCUAUACUGGUCCAGUUUAAGACUACUGAAUAAAUGCCAUAAAUACCUAAAUUUUACCUGUAAGAAUAGUUCCAUACAGUUGUGCUAUUUGAUACUUGUGACUGUAACAAAAAUAUUUACUUUUAUAAAGCUACAUCUAAAAAAGCAUUGGUACUGGUAAAGAAUUAUAAACAUGCUCUAACAUUUACUGUAAAUGAAAAACCAAUAAAACCUUAAUAUGGGAGUAUUAUUUGAAAAGGGAUGACAACUAUGCAAAUUUGCCUUGAAACACCAGAUGCUAUUUAUGCUUUGCACACUGGAAUCACACUACCAAAAAACCAACAAACCAAACACCCACCCCCAGCCAGCCCAACUCUGUCAUUUGGGAGUGAUUAUUGUCCUUUUCAAUGUUUUGUGUCUGGCCGUUCUUACUGUUAUCCAAAUGAUUCUGGUCAUAUAUUUCAUAAAAAAUCUUUAGUGUUUCAGAAAGUUUUGUUUAUUUAAUGUGUAAGCUCUCUUUUGCCAAACUUCAGUUCCGGUUCUGGUGUUUGACGCUGUAUUCCACCAAGCACAGCUGCUUUCUUCCCCACCUGGUGCCCACUGCUUCAUUAAAAUGGGGGGCUAUGCAAAAGUCCCAUCGCAGCACACAUGGGGGAUAGCAACCCAUCUGUGUGAAUGGGCCAAGGGAGCAGUCCUGCUGACUGAAUCCCCAUUGCUUGUGGGUCCCUGAACUCGGAAGCUCAGGAGCAAAGUGGGAGGAGUGGUGGAGGCACUCUUCACCCUCACGUCCUCCUCUGCCAUGCAGUUUGCUGGACGGGCGUUUUUGCCCGUCUCACAAAGGUGUUUUGGAAGUGGAGGGAAGGAAGCUGGAGAGGCCUCAGGAUCCUUCCUUAUCCUAGCAGCAACACACUCCUCCCAUCCCCACUCCACCCCCUUUGCCCACCACCCCGCCAUGACCGAUUUCCUGACCUCAGAGAAGAAGCCAGCCUGGUUCUUUAUGCAGUGUCCGUGUGGGGAAGGGACAUGAUCCUUCUCUCAGAAACUUGAAAAACUACAGCUUUGAAACACUACUUAUUUCUUCAUAAAACCGCAGUUGUAUUCUGGUAUCUUAUUUAAAAAAAGACCUAAGGUUUUAGUAGCUGGCAUGGUCCACAGGGAAGGCUCUGCACUCUGGAGCCCAAAUUUGUGAGUUCAAAUCCCCUUUGCUUUCACCUACUUUUACAUUAAGCAAGGAUGCCGAGUCACCGUUGCUAAGCUGGAAGGCACCGGCCUGCAGCUGGAUGGGUGACCACUUGUGGAAGUGUGGGGUGGUGGACUCAAUGGCCUUAUAGGUCCCUUCCAACUCUACUUCUAAAUAUAUAGGUAAUGUUAAAUUAGAGCUGGUUUUAAGUAAAAAUGUCAUCUCGUGUCACUUCACUGGGAUAUAUUCAUUUUUAUACACUGACUGCUACUAACAUUUAAUGUUAAAUAACGGCUAAAAGUUACCUGUGGAUAUUUCUAUACAAGUGUGAAAUAAAUUUUGUAUGAAAAACUC